AUGAGGAGCCCGCAAGAACUUGCAGACCGAUCAAAGUACUGUCGUUUCCACCGGCAGAAUGAACACGACACUGAGCAGUGUCAUGAGUUGAAAAGACAGAUCGAGGAGCUUAUUCGUAGAGGGCACCUUGGCCAGUACCUUCGAAAGGAAAAGGAACUUUCGUCGUUCCCGGAGGGUCCCAUCGAACAGCACAUCGAUGUGAUAGCAGGCGGACCCGCAUUUGGCGGGAGCUCCAUGACCGGAAGAAAGGCGUACGCUCGAGCAGCCUCGGCCGAAGCUCCCAGGCAUGGGCCUGAGCUCGAGAUCACUUUCUCGGCCAAAACGUCCGAACAACCCAAACACGACGAUGCGCUCGUGAUAUCGGCCAGGAUCACCAACGCGCAAGUAAGAAGGAUUAUGGUCGAUACCAGGAGUUUGGCCGACGUACUCUACUUCGAUGCCUUCCAAAAGCUCGGCUUGUCUAGAGAGAACAUGAAGCCGAUGUGCUCGGCGCUCACCGGAUUCACCGGCGACUCGAUCUCACCGCUGGGGGCAAUCAUUUUGCCCUUAACCCUAGGAGCCCCACCGAGGUCGAAGACGGUGAUGACCACCUUCUUAGUGGUUGACCUCCCCACGGCAUACAACGCCAUUCUCGGCCGGCCAACCCUCAACAAAGUCAGAGCCAUCGUCUCAACUUACUACCAAACUGAAAAGUUCCCGACCCACGCUGGGGCCGGAGAAGUCACGGGAAGCCCCUGA